UAGUUGUCCAACACUUGCCCAUUUUCCCUGGUCUUUUUCCUAUUUGCCCUCUUUCUCUCCAUUUUCUCACUUUAACUCUAUAUUUCUUCUCCCUCGAGCUCCGGUUUUUUCUCUGUUCCCUAAAACACCCACCAAUCCCUCACCAUCAUCAUUUUCUCCUCAAAUAGCCGUUGAAGAUUCUCAAUCAUUAAAAUCUCUCCCUCAUCAAUGCCGCCUUUCUACUGAAACGGAAUUUUUUUUUUCUGUAUGUGUAGUCGAUCAUUCGAACUUUAGAGUUUUGUUGCCGUACAGAAAAGAAUUUUUUCCUUGGAGAGUGAAAAUAGGUUGUUUACGAAUGGAGGAUUAUGGUGUUUUUGUGCUUCAUUGAGAUUCGUGCACGAGACUUGAAUAUUCUCCAGUUUUUUUCUGAAGGUUUCGCCCAAAAAAGAUGGAUUCAGUUAAUCGUUCUGCUGUGACCCCAAGUAAGAGCAAAUUGGCUCGUACGUUUGCUAAGGUUUUGCACAUUCGAGCUCUCACAGGAAGAAACCAGACGCUCAAAUUCAGUGAACAUGUCAAGGAGGAUGUCGUAAAGAAUGACGCAGUGAAAAGCGAGUUACUCAAGAAAACACAGUUCAAGUCCUUCAAUGAAGAAGAUGAAAAGCUUCAAAAAGCAGCUGCAGAAGCUUUUCUUGCCAAGCUGUUUGCAAAUGUCUCAGCUGUUAAGUCGGCAUAUGCCCAAUUGCAGUUUGCUCAGUCUCCAUAUGAUCCCGAUGGAAUUCAAUCUGCUGAUGAGUUGGUGGUGUCCGAGCUGAAAAACUUGUCUGAAUUGAAACAGUGCUUUGUGAAGAAGCAGUUCGAUGAGUAUUCCCCAGAGAAAACUCUCCUUUUGGCUGAAAUUCAGGAGCAGAAGAGUGUUUUGAAGACGUAUGAUAUCAUGGGAAAGAAGCUGGAUUCACAGCUCAAACUCAAGGAAUCAGAAAUUAUGUUUCUUCGAGAGAAACUGACCGAGGCUAAUAAAGAAAACAAGCUUCUUGAGAAAAGAUUGAAUGCCAGCGGGCCUGUGUCUCCUUUGGACAAUCUUCAUUUUUCAAGCUUGAGCCCCAGCCAUUUUAUCAUGUUCCUCCGGCAGACAAUUAGGUCUAUUCGAAGCUUUGUUAGGUUGCUGAGCAAGGAGAUGGUAUAUGCUGGGUGGAAGUUAGAUGAUGCAGCCAGUUCCAUUGAACCCGGUAUAGAGUUCUUGAAAGCAAAUGACAUAUGUUUUGCUUUUGAGUCAUUCGUUUGCCGAGAGAUGUUUGAUGGUUUCAAUUGUCCAAACUUUUCGAUCUCAACCGAGCCCCUGUCCGAGCAGAAGAAGCGGCAAAGGUUGUUCUUUGACAGAUUCACGGAGCUAAGAUCUGUGAAGCCAGCUGAUUACUUAGCCUGGAAACCCAAAUCAACAUUUGCAAGAUUCUGUCGUGCUAAGUACCUGAAACUAAUCCACCCCAAGCUGGAAGACUCCAUUUUCAGCAACCUGGAUCAAAGAAACAUACUCAAUUCGGGUGAGUAUCCCGAGUCAACUUUCUUUUCCACAUUUAGCGAAAUGGCUAAGCGCAUUUGGUUACUACACUGCCUGGCUUUCUCCUUCGAUCCCGUAGCUUCAAUCUUCCAAUUGAGCAGAGGAUGUCGAUUUUCGGACGUUUACAUGGAAAGUCUGAAUGAAGAAGCAUUCUUAUCAUGGGACGGAUCGCCAGAAACCGAACCUCGUGUAGGCUUCACGGUGAAUCCUGGUUUCAAGAUUGGUAAAACUGUCAUUCAGUGUCAAGUUUACCUAUGUUGACGAAGAAAUGGUAAAUUGAGGAGGUGCAUCAGAUUCCUUCGUUAACAAAUGGACCCACAACACAACACAUCAAGGAUGACAACUUUUAUAUAUAUAUUUUUUUUAAAUGUUGUGAAUGGGAACAAACAGACCAGGAUUGUGGGGGGCAUGGCAUGGCUUUUCAAUAAAGGGAAAGCGCGUUGAUGAAUUUUUGUGUCUGUGGAAACUUGGAAUAGUGUUACCAAACAUUGUCUUUGUUUUUAUAUGUUUGUUUGGUUGGAAAAUGUAUUACUAUUAGUAGUAGUAAUGCUUUUUUAAGUAGAAAA